AUGGCCAACUCGACCUCAAUGAGUGGAUUCCUCCUCAUGGGGUUUUUUGAUGACCGUAAGCUUCAGAUUUUACAUGCCCUGCUGUUUUUGGUGACAUACCUGCUGGCCUUGACAGGUAACCUCCUCAUUAUCACCAUAACUACCUUGGAUUAUCACCUCCAUUUGCCAAUGUAUUACUUCUUGAAGCAACUUUCUCUUCUGGACCUCUGCUUCAUCUCUGUCACAGUCCCCCAGUCCAUUGCAAAUUCACUUAUGAGUAAGGGUUACAUUUCCCUUGGGCAGUGCAUUCUUCAGGUUUUCUUCUUCAUAGCUCUGGCCUCAUCAGAAGUGGCCAUCCUCACUGUAAUGUCUUAUGACCGGUAUGUAGCCAUCUGUCAACCACUGCAAUAUGAGACCAUUAUGAAUCCAUGUACUUGUAGGCUUGCAGUGAUAGCUGUGUGGAUUGCUGGGGGCCUCUCUGGGCUCAUGCACACAGCAGUUAACUUCUCCAUUUCUCUCUGUGGGGAGCGAGUCACUCACCAAUUCUUCUGUGACAUUCCUCAGUUGCUGAAACUAGCCUGUUCUUCUGAAUUCAUUAAUGAGAUUGCAGUGGCUGCAUUCACAACCUCAACAGCAUUUAUCUGUUUGAUCUACAUUGUGUUUUCCUAUGUUCGCAUCUUCUCUACAGUGCUGAGAAUCCCAUCAGCUCAGGGCCGGACCAAAGUCUUCUCUACCUGCCUACCACACCUAUUUGUAGUUACCUUCUUCCUCUCAGCUGCAGGCUUUGAGUUUCUAAGGCCCCCUUCAGAUGCUCAAUCAGGUAUGGACCUCAUGUUCUCCAUAUUCUAUACUGUGAUACCUCCAACACUCAAUCCAGUUAUCUAUAGUUUACGAAAUGAAGCCAUGAGGGCAGCUCUGAGGAAAGUACUGUCAAAAGAAGAAUUUGCUCAGAGAAAGAUGUAUUUAAAAGCCAUUUUUAAACUCUAA